UUGUUUUCCCCUUUUUUACCCGUAUAUGAUAAGGGAAUUUAUAAAAUUAAUGUCAUGAUGUCAUGUUAUGAUUUGUUGUAGAUAUGUUAAAUAAAUAUAUGUGUAGAUUUUACAUACCUGCUAGAAAUAUGUGUGCAUCAAAUACUAAAUCAAUGCUAACGGGUAAAGUUGCUGUUGUGACAGCAUCAACUGAUGGGAUCGGGUACGCGAUCGCGGCGCGGCUGGCGGCAGACGGGGCCCGGGUGGUGGUGAGCAGUCGCAAGGAGGGCAACGUGCGGAGCGCAGUCGACCGGCUGAAGGCAGGCGGCUUCCCCGUGGCCGGCGUCGUGUGCCACGUGGGGAGGGCAGAGGACCGGAGCCGUCUCUUCCAGGAGGCCGUCCACAGGUUCGGAGGCAUCGACAUCCUCGUGUCGAACGCUGCCGUCAACCCGGCGGUCGGCCCGGUGCUGGAGUGCAAGGAAUCGGAGUGGGAUAAGAUAUUUGACAUCAAUGUGAAGUCUGCCUACCUGUUGUCCAAGGAAGUGCUCCCGCACAUGAGGAAGAGGAAUGGCGGUUCUAUUAUUUACAUUUCUUCCAUUGCUGGUUUCCAGCCAAUGCCAUUGCUGGGGACCUACUCUGUCAGCAAGACUGCGCUCCUGGGACUCACCAAAGCAGCUGCAGCAGACCUCGCGAAGGAGAACAUACGAGUGAACUGUGUGGCCCCGGGCAUUGUCAGAACCAGGUUUUCCAGCGCUAUCCACGAAGAUGAGGGUACGAGAACCGCUGUCCUCUCACAAGUUCCUUUAGGAAGGUUGGCAGAGCCGCGCGAGAUUGCAGGCUUGGUGUCGUUCCUGUGCAGCGACGAUGCGUCGUACAUCACGGGAGAGACGGUAGUGGCUGCGGGAGGCAUGCAGUCCCGCCUGUGAGCCACUGGGACUGGCUUCGGGGACGCCUCGAGAGAUGCUCGUUGUGUGACUAGAAUUACUCACAGCUUGAAGCCAGUUUUACACAGCAUAGUGCGGGCCAGAAGUCUUGCGAGGUACUUCCCAACAUUCUAUGGGCAUGAUUUUCUCGUAAUGGAUGGAUAGAACUACCGUGUUUUAUUGCAUAAUUGUCGCACAGUUAUGCUAAAAUCAAGUUUGAAAAGUAGGGGUAUGACUUUUAUGCGAGAAAUCCAUUAUUGUUGAGUUUAAUUUUUUUAUAACAACAAAACUGUUGCAUGGAAAUUACAUUUAGUUAAAAUGCUGAGUGCGCAAAAGCGCGCCAAACAAUUAAAACUGAUUAGUAAUUCCUCAAAUACAUAUUUUGUAACAACUUCACUGAUAAUGACUCAAAUGUGAGUUGGAACUAACAUAGUGUACCCAUAACUAUCCAUUUUCUUAAUACACACCACGAAAGAGUGCGGUCUAUAAAAUGUAGUUUACUCUGCUUGCAAUCGGCGAGCUAUCAAUUUUAGACUACGUGCGCCGCACUCUGUACAGGCAUCAACAUAACCAAACAUGUAUGAUGCCAACAAGCGCUGGUCUUCAUUUUCAUACAUGCUUCACAGCAACGGCAGAACAGAUAGAAAUUAUAAUGUUUGAAAAAGUGUUUGAAAGAGAAUAUUUACACAUUGGAAACUUGUUAUUUCUGUUAAUUAAAUAAGUAAAUGGUAAUAUUUAGAUGAACAAUGUAUUUAAACUUCAAUAAAACAUGGUUUCAUACGGGGAACUAAGUUUUUGGGCAAUAAAACACGGUAAACAGUAAGUAGAGCAAUGUACGGCUGACUCGGCAUGGCUUGGUUACACAUCAGCUGUUCCAAAAACAUCAUACAUCGUAAUAAUGCUGCCACAUGUUUUUAGUAUAACAAGUCUGUCAACAAAGAAAACUGCCUCUUUUGGUAAGUUUGAAUAAAUUCUACUAACAUCAUGUUUGUUGUCACACAGUUCUUUGUUUUUCGCAGCUUCCUCUUUGUUAACUUACAGGCUUAAAUUCUUUAUUAGUGUCUGACUGUUUUAAACCAAUGAUCACACUACUUAUUUUUUCUGUAAAACUCAUUAUGGUUAAUGCAAGAUGAAAACUGCUUCUAUUGUGGAAAAAUAAAUAAUUAAUGACUUGAGUAUUGAAUACUGUCGAUUUUAAUAAUGGUGGAUUAUUGGUCUGAAAUAAAUCAAAAUUAUUUCUCUACCACAAUAGAACUCAUAAAUGUGUACCAAUUGCCUUGAAAGAAAACCAUUUCUUUAACCUUUAUGUUCUUUAAUAACCCAAUUUAAUUCUUACUCUUACAUUAUAGUUUAUUUCACACCAUUCUGAGUGUGAUUAUUUUGUUCAUUUACUACCAUUGUUCUAGGCUUCAUUGCCGUUUCACACUAAUAAUAAACUUGUUUUGAAUGGGUAUAGUACACGAAGGGAAAGUGUCGUGCCAUUCUGAUUUGUAUUCUCUUCUCCUUUCACUCUGCUUACCGAGUGGUGACAGCUCGCAAGCCUCCUGGCCCGCACAGAUCAGAAUGUUUGUCUCCUGGGUUGCAGACAUAAAAAUUAGUGCCUUCUUUUUUGACAUGUUCUUGUCUUUACCUAACUACACAUAAAUUGAUUCACCGUAGCAAAUAUUUGCCACUGAUUUUGUAUUUUAUAGGGUUGCUAACAAGGAAAACCUGGAAAUGUCGGGGAUUUUCAGCAACGGGGAAAAAGUUAGGGAAUUUAGAUAGUCAGGUAAUAUUAUUAAUGACAAGGUUAAUAAAAAAUUAAAAUUA